AUGCUUUCCACGAAUCUCCAUCAAUUCCCCUCGGCCUUCAGCCAUGUCCCCGCGCCCAACGCAGUCGAACACCAACACCACCAUCACCAUCUUGCUGCGCAGCACAUGGGACAAUCGCCACUCGACUCCCUUGCACAGACGUCGCAGUACGCCGCCUUGCAGUUCCACCAGAACCGGCAUGUGCUCCCGACCGGAAAAGCAAUUGUCAAGCCCCAUCGCCUGCCGUACGCCAGUGGUCCUCUAGCGCCUCGUCACCAGCGAGACAUGCUCCACGAACGGUCGGGGCGCGCCAGCUCUACCUCUGGACCAGUGCGACGCAGAAUCAGCCGGGCCUGCGACCAGUGUAACCAGCUGCGGACAAAGUGCGAUGGUAGGCAAUCGUGCGCUCAUUGUAUAGAAUUCGGCUUGACUUGCGAAUACAUCCGCGAGCGCAAGAAGCGUGGAAAAGCAUCGCGAAAAGACAUCGCCCAGCAGCAGGCUGCCGCUGCCGCUGCCGCCGCCACAGGCACCAGCGCGCCCAAGUCGGAAGACUCUACAACCCCCCAACCAUCAGAUAAGGCUGCCGAUUCUGUUCAAGGUAACAGCCCCAAGCUUCCUGAAGGGCAGAGAAGCCUUCCAGAACUGCCAGGACGGCCCGCGAGCACUGCAACAACGAGAUCCGACAUGGACGCCACACCAAUCUACUCAACCAGGACGAUGAAUCUGAGCGCCAUUGACACAAUGCCCGAGAGCGACAUGCAUCACCAAAUGGCGGGCGGCAUGCAAUCCAUGCAGCCUAUGCAACCGCCUCGGAUUCAGACACAAGGAUUGCCCAUGCACAGCGCCAUGCCCGAGUAUACAUCGAUGGACUACCACCGAAAUGCCGCCUAUCAAUCACCACUCCAGGUGAUGCAACCCGGAAUGCACCCCGUUGUAGCUUCCCACGGGCAUGGCAUCGAGUACUCAGACAGCCCGUACAGCAUGAUGAGCCCGCGGAGUGCGCACGCGCAAGCACAGCCAAAUGCCUUUCGAGUCCCAGAAGAACCCCCAAACAUGGGCUACAUGGCCCAGUCACCAGUUAAUGGCUCACCAGGCUGGAUGAUACCCUCGCCCUCUGCCACAAUGUACUCGGGCGCACCGCAUCAGAGCCAUUCCCAACAGCUGAAGUAUCCAGUCCUACAGCCGUUGGUUCCGCAUCUCACAAACAUCAUGCCCAUCUCAUUGGCUUGCGAUCUGCUGGAGCUCUACUUCCAGAGUUCCUCAUCAGCAUUCAUGCAGCCCGUCUCCCCCUAUGUGCUUGGUUACGUCUUCCGAAAACGAUCGUUUCUCCGGACGAACAACCCACGGGUGUGCAGCCCGGCACUCCUGGCUAGCAUGUUGUGGAUCGGUUGCUUGACAAGCGAGUCACCAUACCUAUCCUCGUCACCGUCUGGGCGAAGUCAGCUUUCCGAGAAGCUGAUCAACUUGACAAUCGGUCUGUUGAAGCCUCUGGUGCACCAGACGCCGGGUAGUCCAGAAGCCGGGCCCACUGCUUUCAAUACCGGCAACAUGGUGGACAGUGUUGCCAUUGAUGGCUUCGGUAUACCGCCUCAAGAUUCCGACAUAGGUCUGCCGGGAGCAUCUGGAGGCCUCGAUGAAGUGGCGACAUACAUGCACCUAGCUAUUGUGAUUUCAGCAAGCGAGUACAAGGCUGCAUCACUGCGCUGGUGGAACGCUGCAUGGUCACUGGCCAGGGAGCUUAAACUAGGCAAGGAAGUACCCGUGACACCUCCACCCGAGCCAAACGACGAGAGGAUGCCAAGAGACCUGAAUUCCGAACAUAUGGGUAGAGCCUACCAGACCAGCCAACCCUCCUCCGUAGACUACACCGAGGAGCAAAGAGAAGAGCGUAGACGUAUAUGGUGGCUUUUGUUCACUGUUGAUCGCCAUCUAGCGUUAUGCUACAACCGACCUCUCUCUUUGUUGGACGUGGAAUGCUCCAGCCUUCUGCAACCACUUGACGAUAACGUAUGGCAAUCUGGCGAUUUCUUCGAGGAUUCCGCUCAAUCGUAUUCAGAUCACACAUUUCGCCGAAGAGGUCCUCCAUUCGAGUGCACCGGGCACUCCAUUUUCGGAUUUUUCCUUCCUCUGAUGACCAUCCUUGGAGAGGUUACCGAUCUAUACCACGCCCGCAAUCACCCACGUUUCGGAGCGAAGACAGACUGGGACCACCAUGUAGUAGAGAUAAGUCAGCGGCUUGAAUCCUAUGGUCGAUCUUUGCAGGAGCUUCGGAAUCGGGCAGUUCACGAGGCCAAUGUAGAAGCACAGCAGGAAUCAGUACAUCCCGGCACACCGUCGGCACGGUCUGUCAACUCGUCCAUCUCCAGGGCCCACGAAAACUUGAUGCAUGCCAAGAUUGUGGAAGCCUAUGGCACCCACCUCAUGCACACCCUGUACAUCUUGCUAAAUGGUAAAUGGGACCCAAUUUCACUACUGGAUGAUAACGACCUGUGGAUCUCUUCACAAAGCUUCGUGGACGCUACUGGCCACGCUGUCCAUGCAGCCGAAGCAUUGAACGAGGUCCUCGAGCUAGACCCCGACCUGAGCUUCAUGCCGUUCUUCUUCGGCAUAUACCUCCUGCAGGGAAGUUUUCUGUUGCUUCUCAUUGCCGAUAAAUUGCAGGGGGAGGCCAAUCCCAAGAUAGUGCGGGCAUGCGAAGUCAUUGUACGGGCGCACGAAGCCUGUAUCGUCACUCUCAACACAGAGUAUCAACGAAAUUUCCGAAAGGUCAUGCGAUCCGCCUUACAACAAGUGCGCGGCCGAGGCAUGGACGAGCACGCCGAGCUUGCCCAACAACGGAGACGGGAAAUGUUGAGCCUCUAUCGCUGGAGCGGUGACGGCACAGGGCUUGCACUUUGA